ACGUUCUCUUCAACUUCACACACUAAACCAGUGCUGCCGCGUAGUUUAUCGUGCCAGUAGUGCUAGUAGUGCUUUACUUUAGUGGAAUGGAUUUUUUUUAUUUUUUAUUUAUACAGUUAACACUGUAGUGGCAGCACAAACGAAAUGCUCCACGGAAAUAUUCGAUCUUACAUCUCGCACUCUCUUAUAUUGUUGGCAAAGAGGUAUUAGUGAACCUGGGAGAGUUAAAAAAAAAAGUUGAAUAAAUCAACAGCAAAAAUAGGGAGCUGGACGAUGGGAAAUACACCGACUAUAAUAUCACGUAGAAAUUCCUCACCAACAGGAAAUAAUGUAAAACGGGUUCACUGGGGUGGUUCAGGAUUACCUGGGCCUCCUGGGAAACCAAUUCUUAUACCGUCAUUUACUGAAGAUUCUCAACCCAUUAUUGUUGGAAUUCGCUGGGAAAGAUCUUGUUAUAAUGGAGGCUCUGCUAUCAUUGGCUAUUUGGUGGAGCAUCGACGUCUUGGUUCACCCCACUGGGUGAGAUCAUCGCCCGGUCUCUGUUCAUUUCCGGAGCUUACCUUGACCGGUCUCGAACCAGGAUGGCGAUAUCAAUUUCGCGUAAGGGCGCAAAAUACUGUUGGGCUAUCUCCCACCAGCGAGAUAUCUGAUCCAUUGACCGUAACACUCCAACGUACAGAAGCAGCAGCGCCAUAUUUUAUUUCAGAAUUGAGAAAUACAACCGCUUUAGAGAAUGAACAAGUGGAAUUUAUUGUACAUUUUUUGGGAACACCGAUACCCAAGAUAUCGUGGUUCAAGGAUGGCUUCGAAAUAUUCAGUAGUCGUAGAACAAAGAUAAUCACUGAGAAUGGUCGAAGUAGUCUGGUAAUUCAUCAAACAGCUUUAAAUGAUGAAGGAGAAAUAAAAUGUACUGCUGUUAAUAAGGCAGGUCACAUUAGUACCCGGGGAAAACUCAUUUUACAAGCACUUCCAAAAAUACGACUUCCACGACAGUACGAAGAUGGUCUAUUAUUCGAAAAAGGCGAGACCAUUAAAUUAAAAAUAUCAAUCGCUGGACGACCAUUCCCCUCUGUAACAUGGUAUCAUGACGGCGAAAUCAUUGAUGUUGAUGAUAGGCAUAUCAUGGAAUCGAUAGAUACUGGAGAAUACUCUUUAACAAUUUUGGCAGCAAAAAGAAAGGAUCGAGGAGAAUACACGAUGAAAGCUUCAAAUAAACUUGGAGAAGAUAGUUCAUCUUUUCUUGUUACUGUAACAGAUCGCCCUGCUGCUCCUGGAACUAUAAAAAUCAUAAUGACUUUGGGUCGGUCGGUGACCCUCUCGUGGACCGAACCUGAAGAUGAUGGUGGUUGUAAAAUAGGCACAUAUAUUGUCGAAUAUUAUAGGAUUGGUUGGAAUGUGUGGUUAAAAGCAAACACAAGUCGUAGACCUGAAGCCACUCUUGUUGAUUUAAUUGGGGAUUCAGAAUAUAAAUUUCGAGUUAAGGCAGAAAAUCCAUAUGGUGUUAGUGAUCCUAGUGAAGAAAGUGAUGUUGUAUUCAUUCCUCAGACCAGGGGGAGUUCCAGUAAGAGCGCACCAUCACUCGCUGGAGAUGGAAAAUUCCAAGGAGAGCAGAAAAAUUACCGAGGUCGCAGAUUAGAAAAGCAUAAUGAUGAGGAUGAUAUCCAAAAAUCAACGAAAAGAACAAGAAGUUUAACAAGGGAUGAGGGGACAGCAGGCCCUCAACAUUCUCAAGAUUUUCAUCUUAAACAGUUACAGACAUUGGCUUCAAGAUCAGUUUCCGUACAACGCUUGGGAUCAGACAUUGCAUUGACAAAAUCUUCUAGAUCUGAUAGUCGAGUAACUUUUGCCGACACUGUAUUCCUUCAUGGAGAAAAGCCAUUAGAAGAUCCGUUCAUCCCUCGCGCGAAACCACGUUCAAAACCUGAUAGGAAUUUGAAAGCUACUUACGAAAAAGUGAAUGAUUCGACAGCGCCAGAAGGAGCAUUAUCUCAUAAUUCUGAUAAUUCAUCUAUUCAUAAUUAUUCAAAUUCUAACGAACAAAGCAAAUUGCCUUUUUCAAAGACGGCAAUCCAUUCUACCAUUUCCCAAACGAACACCGCUAAUUCAUCAGUUGAAAAACAGUAUGACGAAGCAAGAAACGAUGAAGAAUUCAUGUUGAUUUUAUAUCCCAAUACUGAUGCUAUAUAUAUAGAAAAGAAAUAUACAUCUGAAACUGAUUGUAACUUUGAAAAUGAUGAUGAUUUACUACCUCCACCUAUGUCUCGCUCGCUACCUGAAUUAUUUAGUGCACAUCAUCAUCUUAUCGAAAUAGUCAGGGAAGCUUUUAGUUCAACAGAACUGCUCCACGAACGUGCAAUUGAGCGAUUCCAAAGGGCUUUAGCUAUAGAAGAGGCCAAUAUGAGAAAAGAUGCUUUGAAUCUUGAAAAUUUUAAACAUGGAACACACUUGAGUUUAAAUAAAUUGAGAAAUUUACAUCCACCGAGGGUACAAUUGACUACAGCCUCAUCUCAUUUUGAGAUUCCAACAAUGUGGAAUAAACGGAGAUUGAGUGAAGGACAAGUUGUUUGCAUAAAUACUGAUAAUGCAAGUAUUGCUUCGCAACUGACAGUUUCUUCUGACCCUAAUUUAGUAGAUUUCAAUUCAAAUGAACAGCCUCAAUAUAAAAUUCAUGAACCACUUUCAGAACCUACGAUGAGUCUUCGAAGAUGGGAUGAUGAAACUUUGUAUUCUGUAUCUAAAAAUCAAUUUUUGAAAUUUAAUAAAACGUCACAAGAAGAACUCAUGUCAGAUAAUGAGGAAAAAUUAUUGUCAAACAAAGCAUCAACUACAGAGCAUAUAGAAAAUGAAGGGAGCGUGAAUAGUACAGAAAAAAAAUUAAACAUCGGAACCGUAGCUUUACAGCCCAAAUCCAUUCUUAAAAAAAGGGUUGAUGACGUGUCUGUACCGAGCAAUACCUCAAUAUUUAUCACAGAAGUCAAAUCACCAGAUGCAGAGGAAUUAUUUUCUGAUGUUACAAAGCUGAAUGAUAUACAAUCUAAGAUGAUAGCUGCGACUGAGAAUAAAAGUUGGAUGAUCAAUACAUCUGAUAAUAUGGAAUUACCCGUAAUGUCCGAUACAGAAAAUGAUAAUACUAGUCUGAUGAUGACAGCUGAAGUGGCUCAGAAUCGUAGGAAAUUGAGUGGAAAGUCUUCAAUGGCUAAAAAAGACCCACCGGAAUAUAAAGAAGAUGUUGAAGCCAAACGCGCUGUGAUUGAUCUUUAUACCGAAAUUGUUAAUGCAUAUUCUUCUUCUCCUCCUUCAUUUUCACGCUCAGCGAACUAUACUACCGGAGAAAGUUCACGUACAACGAGUCCCACCCGCAUUCCAAAUAAUGAAAAUCUUCACAAUCACAGCGAUUUUUAUGUAAAUGACCAUAAGAAUUUUAAGGGUGCAAUAACUCACAAUGCCAAUACAAAACUUUCUGAAAGUCAAAGAAGAUCAAACGAGCGAAAAAGUCCAAGAGAAUUUGGAAACAGUCCUAUUGGAGGAAACAAUAUUCCAUCUAGGCCUUCUGGGAUGGAGUUAGAAAGAACUAGUAGAGAGUCGUCUACAUCAAGAUCAUCCUCAAAAACUCGGAAAAGACGUGGACGGCAGUCAUCAUUUGAAAAAAUAAAGAUUCAAAAAAAGACAUUCAAGGAUUUGUCUAUGAUAAAUCCCAAUGAAAUAGAUGAACUGGAGAAUUUAGAGAAACAGACAAAUUUUAAGAAAAAAGAUGAAUUACUGGAGAAAAUAACUUUGCGGAACCCAAAAAUAUCUACUAUAAAUGAUGACGAUAUCAAUAAAAUUGCCGAACCCUUAAUACUUCGAACUCGUGUCAAAGUUCAAUCUAUCAUGAGUUAUAUCACUGAUCUGAUACUUUUUCUUGGUGCUCUUUACAUUUAUCUCUUUAAGAAGGAAAUAUUUGCUAUGCCACUCAUCGGACUCAUACUCUAUCGUAGAAUACAAGCAAAUUUAACAAAUUGGAUUCCACAUUAAUAAAAGAACAAUAUACAUUCAGAAACAUGAGUUGCCUAAAUUGGUCCUCACAAUACCAUCAUAAUUUAUCUGUUAUGAUUUUUUUUGUUUUCGAUUUUCCUAUUUAUAAGUAUGUCAUUUUUGUAUUACUUGAAUAGUUCUAUUAUAAGUAUGACCAAUGUCUUGUUAGGUAUCAUGCAUGUGUAUCAUAUGCAUUAUACCUACUCUGGUUUUGGAAAAGUCAUUCAUUCUGUAUGUGUGAUUUUUUUUAGUAUGAAAAAUUCAAUUAUGAAAGUUACAUUUUCACAAUAAUAGGAAUAAUGGCGUGGACUCGCGCGUGCGUAAUGCUAACAUGGAACAAAUAUCUUAGUAUCUUAUGCGCGCGCCAUUAACCGAGAUGACGAUUUUAGACUAAAAAAGAUAGCUUUCAAGAGAGAACGGCCGAGUUCCAACAUCAUUGGGAUCUUAUUUUGAUCGGGCUAGUUAAACUUCAUUCUGUAAUUUUAUUAAAUUCAAUAGCAAUUCUCAUCUCCAUGAUGGCAGUUAUAAUUUAAAAAAAAAAAAAAAA